AUGCUAUUUUAGCCCAAAAAGAUGAAAGUUGUAAAGAAUAUUUGUGGCUUUUAAACAAUCCCCAACCUACUGAUAGAUUUGCACAGUGGAUUAUGAUUGCUGCAGAAUAUCUGUAUACAAUAUGUUAUAGAAAAGGCUUAAUAUAUGCCAAUGUCGAUGUCCUAUCAAAAAUUCCUCACUAG